CACCCUAAAGGGAAAAAAGCAUUGCGGAAAGUGCGAAGCCAUUCAAAAUCCAAUGACAUUUCUGUUCCUUUACGAACACUAGGUGGGAAUGUACACAAAAGUUAUUGUAACAAAAGUGAAAGAAUUAUGGAAGACAAUCACAAAACCUCUUCUUACAAUAGAGGCACAAAGGAAACCUUUAGAGGAGACCAUGAUAGAAAAAUGGCAUUCAUGCAGUCCAGCGAGGUAAAUGAAAUGGACUUUGGGUUGUUUAGCAAUGGUGUACAAAAGAACCGGGAGUUUGGUGUUUCACCAAACAAGAACCUUGAGCUCUCGAGUUCAGGAUAUACUACCACUAACCGUACCAAUCUUAUGAACGUCGCACGUUCCAACUGUUUUUCUUCUAAAUAUCACAAAAGACCCUUUAGUAAAAACCUACCCAAAUCCUCCCUUUUGAAAGAGCUUAUCAAAUUAGGUGUCCCUGAGUCAAUACCCGAUUUCACAUGGAAGGAAUUAAGAAGACGAAAAGAUACGGCACAUGUUCGUGUAUUGUUUAGCCAGCAUUUGGAUGACAGUGUAAUCAAGCAUCAGAAAAAGAUCUCAGCACGGCUUGGCAUUUCCACCGCAACAUGUCCCAUGGAUGCCACACACUUUAUAGCAAAUAGAUUUGUGCGUACAAGGAAUAUGUUAGAAGUCAUUGCUCUUGGUAAACCAGUGGUGACACAUUUAUGGCUGGAGAGCUGCGGACAAGCAAGGUGUUUAAUAGAUGAGAAGAAUUACAUCCUGAGGGAUGCCAAAAAGGAAAAAGAAAUUGGAUUUAGCAUGGCUGUUUCGGUUGCUCGUGCAAGCCAGCAUCCACUUCUAGAGGGUCGGAGUGUAUUCAUUACCCCAAACAUAAAACCUCCUAAAGAAAUGAUGAGUAGCUUGGUCAAGGCAGUUCAUGGCCAGGUAGUGGAGAAAAGUCAGAUAUCUGCUUCUGCUGCAAACAUCCAAGAUAAUCUAUUCAUUCUUUCCUGUGAAGAAGAUCGUGCAAUCUGUGUUCCUCUCCUUGAUAAAGGAAUAGCGGCGUAUACUUCAGAACUUAUACUGAAUGGGAUAAUAAUCCAGAAACUGGAAUUUGAGAGACAUCAGCUCUUCAAGAAUCAUGCCAGUCGGAGUCAAACCAGAACAAGGUUAAGGAAAGAUGUGUGCUUGCAACGGGAGUUAGUCAAAUUGUAAGGGU